AUGUUUCCUUUACGAUCUUCAAUAGCUAGAGUACUACCGAAUGGUUCAUUAACCAAAUUAUGCCUACGUCAGUUAAACAAAUCGUCGAAAUUAAAUUUAAACAAAAAUAAAAAUUUUGAUUCAUUCAAUGAAGUAUUUAUUCAUAAAACUUUAUUAUCAUCCAUUAAACAACAUAAUGAUACUGAUUAUGUUCGAUGUUCAAUAUUUAAUUCAAAUGGUGAUAUGAUUCAACAUGGUAAAGAAAUCUUGAAAAGUCAAUUUAUUAAACGAUAUAAUUUAACACCUAGAGAUUUUAGGAAAUUUAAUUGGCAAAGAUCAGCAACAGGAACAACGACAGCAUCAUCAUCGUCAGCGUCGUCAUCAGCAGGAGAAUCAUCAUCGGCAGGGACAAAGAAAUCGUCUGGUUCAUCUUCCCUGUCUUCAUCUUUACAUCCUUCAACAUCAGCAUUGUCAUUAAGUAAUUCCUCCCUUGGAUCAUCAAGUAAUGUUGAUAUUGUCCCUAAUAUUACUAUUCGACGCAACAGCAUCUUAGUACAAUUAUUAAACAUUCGUGCUUUAAUUAAUCAUGACAAGUUAAUAAUUUUCGAUAAUUCAUCAAGUUUCCAAAAUUCACAAGUUUCUUCUUAUACUCAUCUGCAAUUUCUUAAAGAUUUAAGUCAACGAUUAAAAUCUACAAAUUUAGAUGGAUUGCCAUUUGAAUUUAAAGCUCUUGAAGGAAUAUUGAUUUAUAUUGUUUCUAAUUUAAAUAUGGAAAUGAAAGUUCAUAAUACUGUAUUACAAAAUAUUAUUACUGGAUUAGAAGAUAGUAUCGAUCGGAAUAAAUUACGAUAUUUAUUAAUUGAACUGAAAAAAAUUCAUCAAUUCCAUCGGAAAAUUACCUUAAUUAAAAAUUGUCUAGAAGAUUUAUUAGAAAAUGAUGAUGAAUUAAAUGAUUUGUAUAUUACUGAAAAAUUUCAAAAUAAUAGUAAUGGUACAAAUGAUGGUCAACCACGACAGGGGACAAAUCAUGAAGAAAUUGAAAUGUUAUUAGAAAAUUAUUAUCAAACCAUUGAUGAAAUUGUUCAAAUUGUCGAGAAUUUGAAAAAUCAGAUUAAAACUACUGAAGAUUUAAUUAAUGUGGUUUUAGAUUCUAAUAGAAAUCAAUUAAUGUUAUUAGGAUUGAAAUUUUCUACAGGAUUAUUAUCAAUGGGGGUGGCAUUAUAUGUAUCAGCGUUAUAUGGAAUGAAUUUAGAAAAUUUCAUUGAAGAAAUAGAUGGAGGAUUUGAAGUUGUCACGGUGGUUUCUACAAUUGCAUUGAUUGCAUUACUACUAUUCAGUGUGAAACAAUUGAAAAAAGUUGAAAAAGUAACAAUGACAAGCUUAAAUGAUCAACGGAAAUAG